GGACAUCCCGGGCGGACGGGCGCCGCGGCACGGCCGAGGGGGCAUUCUCCACGACCGGGCAAAGGCGAGCCGAUUCCCAGAAACCCGGCGUUUCCUCUCGCCCCCGGAGCCCAUUCGGCACACGGAGGUUGUGCAACCGCUGCAGGUGGAUCUGCGCCGGGGGGGAUUGGGAAAGGCGACGUCCCGCUGCCGGACGGCUCCCGGGAGCCCUCCGCUUCUCCCGCCAGGCUGGGCCCCCCCCGCAACCUGUCGCCCCACGGCGAGGGGUCAGCUGGGGAUCGCGGCAUGGCCGCGACCGCGGGACGCGGCACGCAAGGGGUUACAGCGCCGGGAGAGAGCGGCUGCAGGUGCGCGGCGGGGCAAGGUGCAGAGCCAAUAGCGCAGCGCCGCGGGGCACGGCGUGGGGCACGGCACGGGGCACGGCGUGGGGCACAGUGUGGGGCACGGCGUGGGGCACCCGCAGCGCGCCCACGGCAGGAAUGCGCCGCGCGGGGCGGCGCCGGGUGAAGGCCACAUCUCCGGGCGCGCGGCCCGCGCGGAUGUUUGUCACCUGCCGUGCUGCCCGAGCACGGACGCCACGGGGCACGGAGCGGCCGGUGGCAGUGGGGGGGCCGAGCUCGUGGCCCCCGGCUCCAUGGGGCGCCCAGGCCCCACUGGCCGCCCUGGAGCCUCCGGGCAGGAGCAGCAGGAACCGGCCCUUCCCCUGGGGGCCCUGCCGGGCGCCCCGGCCCCCCCGGCCCCGCGGCAGCCCGCCAUGGUGCUGCGGGAGUCCCCGUUCCCCAGCCGGGCCCUGGCGGCCCUGAACCGCCUGGCCGAGGGGCUGCUCUUGCCCAGCUUCUGGGCUGCCAACCGGCUCCUUGACCUGCGGGAGACCACGGCGGAGCGGAGGCGACGGCACCGCGGGGGCCGAUGCCGGUGCUGCUGCGCCUGCGCCGGGCGGGCGCUGGCCGGGCUGGCGGGCUCGGCGCUGCUGCUGCUCUCGCUGCCCCUGGCCGCCCUGGGGCUGCUGCUGUGGCUGCCGGUGCAGGCGGCGCGGCGGCCCUUCGCCUACCAGCACGCCGCGCUCCCGGCCCCCGCCGCCGCGCCCUGGGCCCCGCAGCAGCGCCGCACCUUCACCUUCGUCAGCGCCAACCUCUGCCUGCUGCCCAGCGGCCUGGCCAAGUUCAGCAACCUGGGCCAGACGCUGCAGCGCGCCGCCUACGCCGCCCGCGAGCUGGCGCCGGCCCCCCCGAGCCCCGCCGGCGCCCGCGCCAGCCUGGUGCCCCCCGGGCGCGGGGCGGCCGGCGGCUACGGGGGGACCCUCUGCACCCCGCGGCGGCCCGGCGGGCGGCCCCGGGACAGCGUGGUGGUGGAGGUGCCCGAGGACGGUGGCGGCGGGGGCUUCGAGGGGCACGGGGACGCUGAGUAUCGCGGGAGCAUCGAGGACCACAGGGAUGCUGAGCAUCGCGGGAGCAUCGAGGACCACAGGGAUGCUGAGUAUCGCGGGAGCAUCGAGGACCACAGGGAUGCUGAGUAUCACGGGAGCAUCGAGGACCACAGGGAUGCUGAGUAUCGCGGGAGCAUCGAGGAUCACAGGGAUGCUGAGCAUCGCGGGAGCAUCGAGGACCACAGGGAUGCUGAGUAUCGCGGGAGCAUCGAGGACCACAGGGAUGCUGAGUAUCACGGGAGCAUCGAGGACCACAGGGAUGCUGAGCAUCGCGGGAGCAUCGAGGACCACAGGGACGCUGAGUAUCGCGGGAGCAUCGAGGACCACAGGGAUGCUGAGCAUCGCGGGAGCAUCGAGGACCACAGGGAUGCUGAGUAUCGCGGGAGCAUCGAGGACCACAGGGAUGCUGAGUAUCACGGGAGCAUCGAGGACCACAGGGAUGCUGAGUAUCGCGGGAGCAUCGAGGACCACAGGGAUGCUGAGUAUCGCGGGAGCAUCGAGGAUCACAGGGAUGCUGAGCAUCGCGGGGGCAUCGAGGACCACAGGGAUGCUGAGUAUCGCGGGAGCAUCGAGGACCACAGGGAUGCUGAGUAUCGCGGGAGCAUCGAGGACCACAGGGAUGCUGAGUAUCGCGGGAGCAUCGAGGACCACAGGGAUGCUGAGUAUCGCGGGAGCAUCGAGGAUCACAGGGAUGCUGAGCAUCGCGGGGGCAUUGAGGACCACAGGGAUGCUGAGUAUCGCGGGAGCAUCGAGGACCACAGGGAUGCUGAGUAUCGCGGGAGCAUCGAGGACCACAGGGAUGCUGAGUAUCACGGGAGCAUCAAGGCGCACCGGGAUGCUGAGUAUCACAGGACCAUCGAGGACCACAGGGAUGCUGAGUAUCACGGGAGCAUCAAGGCGCACCGGGAUGCUGAGUAUCACAGGACCAUCGAGGACCACAGGGAUGCUGAGUAUCACAGGACCAUCAAGGCGCACCGGGAUGCUGAGUAUCACGGGAGCAUCGAGGACCACAGGGAUGCUGAGCAUCGCGGGAGCAUCAAGGCGCACCGGGAUGCUGAGUAUCACAGGACCAUCGAGGACCACAGGGAUGCUGAGUAUCACAGGACCAUCGAGGAGCACCGGGAUGCCGAGCAUCGCGGGGGCACCGAGGAGCCCGGGGCUGCCGAGGAGCGCGGGCGCAUCGAGGAGCACUUCCCGGAGGACGCGGACUUCCUCUGCUUGCAGGAGGUGUUCGACCCCGGGGCGACGGCCGUGCUGCGCCGGCGGCUGGGCCGCUCCUUCGAGCACGUCCUCUACGACGUGGGCGCCUACGGGCUGCGCGGCCGCUGCGGCGGCUUCAAGGUGCUCAACAGCGGGCUGCUGCUGGCCAGCCGCUACCCGCUGCUGGCCGCCCAGUACCGCUGCUACCCCAACGGCGCCCACGAGGACGCCCUCGCCGCCAAGGGGCUGCUCUCCGUCCAGGUGCUGCUGGGCUCCGCGCAGGGCCAGAGGAUCGUGGGCUACCUCAGCUGCACCCACCUGCAAGCGCCGGCGUGCGACGCCGCGGUCCGCGACGCCCAGCUGACGCUGGGGCUGCACUGGGUGCAGCUCUUCCGCGACGCCCACGAGGAGCGCGGCGACGUCGUGGCCUUCGACGUCUACUGCGGCGACUUCAACUUCGACAACUGCUCCCGAGGCGACGAGCAGAACCAGGCGCACCCCAUCUUCGAGGAGUACCGGGACCCGUGCCGCAUCGGGCCCGGCCGGGACCAGCCCUGGGCCAUGGGUACCUGCCUGAACUACCUGAGGAUCUACGAGGAGCCCGUCUCCACCCCGGAGAAGCUGAAGCGCACCCUGGCGCAGGCGGCCGGGCGCCGCAGCUACCUGGCCGAGCCCAUCCUCCGCGACGGGCGGCCGGACCCGGCGGCGCGGGGGCCGUGGCGGGGGCGGCGCGUGGACUACGUCCUGCACCGGGAGCCCCGCGGGCCCGCGGCCCUGCGCACGGAGGAGGCGGCGGUGUCGGUGGUGACCCAGCUGGCCGCCCGCUCCGACCACCUGCCCGUGGUGCUGCGGCUCGCCGUGGGGCCCGCGCCCCCCUGACCGGCCCCCCCCGAGCCCCGACGGCGCGGGGAGACCCCCCCCUCCACCCCCCCGCCCCGGCUGCACCCAGGCCUGACGCCCCGCCGAGGGCCGCGCGUUUUUAGCAAAUAAAGCCGGGGCGCUCGGCGGG